AUGGUUAGGGGCUGGUCGGAGGCAGCUUUGAUAGGCACAUUUAUUGAUGGUUUGAGACCUUGGCUUGCCAAGGAAAUCAAACUUAGACAGCCCACAAGGCUAUCUGAGGUGAUGAAGAUGGUUGAAAUUCUUGAGGAGAGCCAUUCUAGUGAGCGACGCCCAACCAAAGACAUGGGGAGCAAGUCUUUCAAGAAUGUGCAAACCAAGGUCUCUUGGAAGGGAAGAGACACAUCAGCCACUACCUCCAAACUGAGACUGGAGAUCAAGAAACUAUUCAGUGAAGAGGUGCAAGAGUGCAUCAAGAAAGGGCUGUGUUUUAAGUGCGGAGACAAAUGGGGCCCCGAUCACAAGUGCAAGGCAGCUCAGGCCUUGUUUAUGUUUGAGGACGAGUCAAGUGAUGAUGAGUCUGAAGGCAGCCAAGAGGAACCCAGCCAAGAGGAGGAAACCAAGGAAACCGAAUCUGGUGGCACACUAGAGGAGGCUGAGCUAUCAUUGAAUGCCAUGGUUGGCAUUUCUAAACCUACGUCCAUGAGCAUUGUGGGCAAAGUUGGACUUAAGCCGAGCCCUAUUCCCCCAUUUAAAGUAAAGGUGGCAAGUGGAGAAAAGCUGCAAUGUGAGGCCCUCAUCCGUGAAGUGAAGAUGAAUGUUCAGGGGGUCCGUAUUAUGGCAGACUUGCAUGUGCUGCCCUUGGUUGGCCUUGACUUAGUCUUGGGGAAUGCUUGGCUGAAGAGCCUUGUCAUUGCUAGUAAGGAGAUCAAGUCAUGCGAAGCUAUUAUGUCUGAGAAGCUUUGCAAAGGCGGGGCACAUUGGUUCGCCAUCGUAGUGGCCAAAGAGGAUGUGAGGAAGAAGGAUGACACAUGGAGAUUCUGUACGGACUAUAGGGCCCUAAAUGAAGCCACGUUCAAGGACAGAUUCCCAAUUCCCAUAGUCGAUGAGAUGUUGGAUGAGCUGCAUGGGGCUACAGUGUUCUCGAAGUUAGAUCUAAGGGCUGGCUACCAUCAGAUUCGAAUGAAUGAGGAAGACAUCUAUAAGACAGCCUUUAGGACUCACUCAGGUCAUUAUGAAUACCUGGUGAUGCCUUUCAGUUUGUGCAAUGCACCCUCAACGUUUCAGGCUGCAAUGAAUAGCAUCUUCAAGCCACUCCUUCGGAAGUUUGUGCUUGUCUUCUUCGAUAACAUUUUGAUUUACUCUAAGACCAUCGAAGAGCAUAAGCAACACUUGGAGAAGGUGCUAACAAUUCUAGAGGAGCAUCAGUUCUUCAUUAAGGCCACCAAGUGUGCCUUCAUGAAGAAGGAGUUGGAGUACUUGGGCCACUUUAUCUCAGGAGAUGGUGUCAAAGUUUAUCACAGAAAGAUAGAGGCCAUGGUGGAUUGGCCUCUACCCAAGGACAUCUAG